UGGGCCCAGGGAGAUGGGACACUGUAACCACUUCCUUUCCAUCAAGAAGCACCUCCGCUUGGGACCCACAUAAGGCUCCCUCAGAAGAGACUCGUGUGCAGAUGGGAGCCCUAACCCUCAGGGAGACUAGAGAACGAGAGGGACAAGAAGAAGAAGAUUGAGUUGGAGGUGUCUGCCUCUCUUGUGUGAGCCUGGGGAAGAGUCUUCUCAGAUCAGUCCACAGUAAUGGGGGAGAAGGUCCCUGAACCAAUGAAGGAUUUGAAUCUGGAUCUAAAGGAAACAGAGAAAAGAGGAGCAGGUCAAGCCACAGGUAUGGCUCGUGGGUCCAGGCCUCCAACAAACAACCAGAGAUUGCUCCAGAAAGACAACGGUCGUCAGUUCGGGAAAGGAUCCAGGACUCCUGCGGAUCAAUUCCAACCCAAGAACGAAUCACCUCCUCCAGGGUCUCUCCCAACAAGAGACAGUAGUACGAAAAGUAGCAGCCGGCUGGGGACAACUCAUUCUGUGGAAGCAAGGUUGAGUACUACUGGGUCAUCUGACGGGAUGGUCAGCCCAAACCAUGGAGCAAUCACCACCAGGAAAAUUUGGUCAAGAGGCUCCUCUAAGUCAAAUAAGAUGAGCUCAAAAGAGGAGCUGCAUUCUUCCAAUGGAAUAGAGGAGGAGGGCAAGGUUUUCAAGCCUGAAGGGGACAGCAGCUCUGUCAUUGAGAGCGGCCAGGUUGGUAUGUUUGGCAGAACUGCCAGCUGCAUCCCCAGCAACAUCCGGCACAAGUUUGGGAGCAACACAGUGGAUCAGCUGGUGACUGAAGAGCAGGCUCGAAGGGCCCUCUGUGAAGUGAUCGAGGGACAGAAGCGGGUGAGCAGCCGUGCGAGCAAGCCUCCUCAGAAUGCAAUGGAAAACUCAGCAUUUGCAGAUUAUUAUGAGCUGGGAUACAAUAUGAGAUCCAACAUAUUCCAAGCCUCCAGGGCCCGCCUGCCAGAGCUUCCCAUUAUCCAGCAGCGCCACGCUAAGUAUCUUGCUUUUGGGAUACAACUGGGCUUCUGGAAACCAAAAGUCACUCACCUUCCUGACCUUCCCAAAAACUACGUAAGCCCCACAGAGUUUGGCAGGCAAAAAUGGCCUCUCUUGCCAUUCUGAUUUUUGAACCUCAUCAUCCUCCUCCUGUCCUAAAAUAUAAGAUAGAGCCAUAAAUACUCUAAAGCUUAUGGGUUGCUUUGUCUCCUCUUUCCAAAUGUUCAGUCUUCCUCCCUGUCUAGCAUUCCCACUCCCAAUUAUUAACUGAACCUGUCUCUAGUCCUCCCAUGAUUCCAUACUCCUAAUUUUCUCUUUUCCCUUCCUCCCCAUCCCUAACACACACAUACACCCACCAGACUCCUUGAAGGCAAGAGAUAGGUUUUUGUAUUUUUUGUUUGUUUGUUUUUGUAUUUUCAGACAUCAGCAUAGUAACAUCUCCCCUUUGCCCAUAAUAGAUAAUUGAGGAAUUGAGUUCAAUGACCAUGGGCUGCUGUCAGAGCAUAUAAACAGCCUUGUUAGUAGUGUGUACGUGAAAUUAGAGUAAGCAGCUUCAGGGGCAGAAAAAACUUGAAGAAAUCUCCUAGAAAAAGUCAUGAUUGAUUCAAGUGGAGAAAAGCAAGAUUAAACAGGGAAUUUGGGUUAGAAAAACUAGUUGGGGGGAGAAUUAAAAACAGAGAAUUUGGGUUAGAAAAGCUAGUUUGGGAGGGGGGAAUUAGAAACAGGGAAUUUGGGUUAGAAAAGCUAGUUGGGGGAGAAUUAGAAGCAGGGAAUUAAGAGUUAGAAGCAUAAUUGGACCCGGAAUUAGGGAUAAUAGUGGGAAAGCUAAUCCCUGUUCAAGUAUUUUUUUUUUUUUGGUAAAAGGAAGAAAAUUAUAUUUAUAGUACCUAUCCCAGGUUCAAUAAAUAUGAGGUCCUAUUAUUAUCAUUAUUAUUAAUCCCUGUUAAAUGCUAAUUUAACUUUUGCUUAGAGUAUACUACCUUCAGCUCCCCAAAAUAUCGAGUUAAGUUUCUGUUAUGACUCCCCAAAGCUAGGAAGGUUGUUCUAUCAAAGAUCACAAACCUGACUUUCCUGACCUCCCUCUUCCCCUGCUAGAUUGUAAGCUUCUCGAGAGCAGGAGUGGUUUUGGCUUUGGCUUUGCAGCCCCAGAACCUAGCACAUAGUAGGUGCUUAAUAAAUGCAUAUUGACUGGCUGCUUGAUCCUGUCUCCUUAGUUCUAGCGCCAACGGCCUGUACAAGAGUACAGCUAAACGCCAUUCCCAAAAUGCAGUAACUUGGAUACCCUUAGUGUCACCUCACGUAGACUGUUCCAUGUUCUUGGUUCUUUUGUUUAUAGCAUAAAAGAGCUUGUUUUAGGAGCCUCCGCUUGAGAGGGUUCAUCUGAGUAGUCCCAGCUAAUCUUUCCUCCUUAUCCCAUCCCUCCUGCUCAUGGAGAAUCACAAAAUCUCAGAUUCGGAAGGCACGUCAGUGGCCAAUGAAUCCAACUUGACACCUGAACGAGCUUUCCUUCUGUGACGACCCAACAAGAG